UGAAAAUAUUAGAUCUAGAGUUUUCAUGGCUGAAUUUGACCUUAAAAACCUUGAACUUGUUCUUCGGCAACGGAGUUACCAAAACACCACUACCCUCCCAGCGAAACCACUACUUCCGACGAAUGAACCAUUGACGAAUGAACCAUGAAGACAACAAUUGCGAAAUUUGUGUUACGUUCUCUGAGAAAAUGAGAUGAAGGUUCCGGCUUGAAGAAGAAGAAAAGAGGAGAGAGAAAAAGAAACUUUUUUUAAAAAAAUUGUGGCUGUGAAACUUUUUAAUAAGUUUAAACAUUAUCCACGAAGACAAGGACAAUCCUUUCUUCAUUCUCCCCCUCACAGACCUCACUGGCUCACUGUCUGCAUCAUCAAUGGCGUUGUAUUCCAAAACUCUGACCUCAACCUUCCUCAACUGUAAUGGUAAUGGCAGCUCAAUUAAAAACCACAAAACAUCAAAAACUUCAGCUCGUCGUUCACUCACAAUUCAAAUGAUGGCCUCAACAAUGGAGUCAUACGAAGAGGGAAAUCUCGAUAGACCCAAAUGGACUGGUCAAACCCCUCUUUCUCGUCUUGUUGCUGCUCUUAUUUCCUUCAAACCCCUUUAUUCUGUCAUGAAAUUUGGUGCUAGACAAGCCCUUAUCAGUACAGCUGAGAAAACAGAUAUACCAUGGAGGGAGAUGACUAAGGAAAUAUUGGAAUCGGAGGUCUACAACGAGAUGGAGAGCGUUCAAAACCCGAAUAUUGUGUAUCCAGAUUAUUAUCUAAAUCCUUUCCAUGCUUAUGAUGAAGGAAACCUUUCAUGGCUGGCUGCAGCAGAAGCAGAGCCUGCCACCAUGUCAAUUACUAGAAGAGCUAUACCUGAUGCUGCUUCCCUGGAUGAAGCAAUUGAAGUAGUACGUGGGAAUUGGCUUCGAGUAAUUGAGCAACAUCAUCUGGAAUACUCUGGUAAUUCUGUAGUUGCGGACAUCUUAGACAUAGGAUGCUCUGUAGGUUGGAGCACAAGAUUUCUGGCCAACAAAUUUCCUUCUGCUAAUAUCACUGGGUUGGACUUGUCACCUUAUUUUUUGGCUGUUGCUCAAUACAAAGAGAAAAAUGGAUCAUCAAGUGGAAAAUGCAUAAAGUGGGUUCAUGCAAAUGGUGAAGAUACGGGUUUGCCGGCCAAGUCAUUUGACAUUGUCUCAAUUGCUUAUGUUCUUCAUGAAUGUCCAGCAAUAGCGACAGUUAAUUUGGUGAAGGAAGCAUUCAGGCUUCUUAGACCAGGGGGCACCAUUGCUAUCACAGAUAAUUCACCCAAGUCAAAGAAACUUCAGGAACUGUCUCCGGUACUAUUUACGUUAAUGAAGAGCACAGAACCAUUUCUUGAUGAAUAUUACCUGCUUGAUUUGGAAUCUGCGUUGAGGGAAGCUGGAUUUAUUAAUGUUCAAACGAUUCUUACUGAUCCCAGGCAUAGGACAGUCACAGCAACAGUUCCACACUAAGUUUCCGCAUUGAAGGCAGCAUAUAUUAUGUAUAUUCAGUAACAUAACAGCAUUAUGACCCAAAACCAACUCUAGGAAAGCAACUGUAAAAGAUAAGGUUGGUUCAUCGAUGGCCUAUAUAUUCCAUUUUUUUAAGGACAUUAUUUGCAUGUAGUCAUCAAAGCAUGUAUAAAUUAUGUGCAACUUUGUUUGUUACUCCGCAUAAAUUAAAAAGAUCAUCAAGGCAUUCAAUAUAAGGAAAAUUUGUCAAAAAUGAGCUUUAAUGUUAAUAUGUAGUACUUUUGUGAGAAAUGACUUAAUAAAGAUUGUGGCACUUUUGGACCUU